AAAGGAAAUUAAAAUCCCUAAGAUUAUUACAUUACUUACUACUAAUCUCCUCACAUUGAGCCAGAUCCGUCUCUCCUCUCUCGAUUAUUGUCUCACUAAGUCCCUCGAAGAUCGCCUUAGCAUAAUCGAAGUCGUGUUCUCCUUCGUUCUUGGUGUAAACCUUAAACCAACACGAUGAACGAUCUUCUUAAGGGUUCGUUUGAGCUUCCACGGGGUGAAUCUUCUAGACAAAGUGAUGUCGAGCUAGGUGAGCAAGGAGGUGAUCAAGGCUUAGAAGAGUUCUUCAAAAAGGUUCAAGACAUUGACAAACAAUAUGAAAAGCUUAAUAAGCUUCUCAAGAAACUUCAGGCUGCACAUGAGGAGUCCAAGGCUGUGACCAAAGCUCCUGCCAUGAAGGCGAUAAAGAAGAAAAUGGAAAAGGACGUUGAUGAAGUCGGAAGUAUAGCUCGUUUCAUAAAAGGGAAACUCGAGGAGCUAGACAGAGAGAACUUGGCAAAUAGACAAAAACCUGGGUGUGGGAAAGGAUCUGGUGUGGAUCGAUCAAGAACAGCGACCACACUUUCCUUAAAGAAGAAGUUUAAAGACAAGAUGGCUGAGUUUCAGGUUCUAAGAGAGAACAUCCAACAAGAGUAUCGAGAGGUUGUUGACAGGCGUAUUUUUACAGUAACUGGACAGCGAGCGGAUGAAGAUACAAUUGAUGAGUUGAUUGAAACUGGAAACAGCGAACAGAUCUUCCAGAAAGCGAUUCAGGAGCAAGGAAGAGGACAGGUAAUGGACACCUUGGCGGAGAUUCAAGAACGUCAUGACGCUGUCCGAGACUUGGAAAAGAAACUUCUCGACUUACAACAAAUAUUCAUGGACAUGGCAGUUUUGGUUGAUGCGCAAGGAGAAAUGCUUGACAACAUAGAAUCUCAGGUGUCAAAUGCGGUAGAUCACGUGCAAUCAGGGAACACUGCUCUUGUAAGAGCGAAGAGCUUACAGAAGAGCUCAAGAAAGUGGAUGUGUAUCGCAAUCAUCAUCCUGCUCAUUGUUGUGGCAGUGAUCGUUGUUGGCGUUCUCAAGCCUUGGCAAAACAAGAACGCUUAAGAGGAAUACAAAGACUGUGAACGCUUAAGAGGAAUACAAAGACUGUGUUAACAACAAGAAAAAAACAUCAUUACGUACGGCUUUUUAUUGAAUGAGUGUUUAUGAUGUGUGUGAAAGAUUGUGUGUUUUUACCAAGAUAUGAGAAAAUGUGAAAUUCUAUAUUCUUUUUGUAAUUGGAACAAACAAAACCAAUUAACUCUAUUACUUGUGCAAUUUCAUGAA